GACCAUGAGGCUAGAGCGCGGGCGGCGGGCUUCUCUGGCGCUCACCCUCAACUUUGUGGCGUUUGCUUUUGCCUUAUCCGCGGUGACCACCAGCUACUGGUGCGAGGGGACCAGGAAGGUGGCCAAACCCUUCUGCACAGGCCCACCGGUGAACAAGAAGGAGUGGUACUGCAUCCGCUUCAACAGCACCAACCUCAACGACAGCCGCCUAGUGCAGUACAUCUUUGAGACGGGGGAGGAGAAGUUUCUGAUGAGGAAGUUCCACACGGGGAUAUUCUUCUCCUGCGAGGAGGCGGCCGACAUGAACGGGUUUGAAUGUCGAGAAUUCUCAGAUAUUGCACCUGAAAAUGAAAGAGGAGUGCUGUGGUUGUGUAUCGUGGCGGAGACCCUGUACCUCACCCUGCUCUUCGCGGGCGGGGCUCUGAUGACUCUGGAGCAGUGCCCCUGCUUCAGUGUCAUGAACAAACUGAAGCUCAGUGCCUUUGCUGCCAUGUGCACUGCCCUGUCAGGCCUUUGUGGGAUGGUGGCCCACAUGAUGUUUACUACCAUAUUCCAGCUGGCUGUUGCCACCGGGCCAGAAGAUUGGAGACCCAAAACAUGGGACUACAGCUGGUCUUAUUUAUUAGCAUGGGGCUCUUUCGGCACCUGCAUGGGGUCUGCAGUGACGGCACUGAACCGCUACACAAAGACAAUCAUCGAGUUUAAAUACAAACGGCGGAACAUCGAGAAGAGCCUGAUGAUAAAGCAGAACAUGAUGGAGAUGAACGUCCCUGAGCAGAUGUGGGACAUGUACCUGACUACUGUGCCGGUUGAUGCCGAGGCACCUCUAGAACUGCCGGUCAAUGGCCACAAGCCGUCCACAGGAACAGCGUACGAGGUCGAAACGGACAAUGUACCAGAACCACAAGGAGAGGCGUACUGUUAAAGAUGGAAACGUUUCUGGGGUUGAUUUCCUGGACCUACACUGACUCUUGUUCUUGGAUUUAAAUAUUUACUUCAGGACUUUUUUUGUAUAUUUUGUUCCUCUCCACACAUCAGAUGUGUCUGGUUCUUAAAAAAAGAUAAUGUGAGAAGUGGGGAAGGGAAACGGGCUACAUUUCCCACUAAACUGGAUGUAAAUGCUCCUGAUGAAAGACUGAUCCUUCAUUUCUGCUUUAGCUUCUGCUGAGCCAGCCUGUUUCAUUUAUGUUUGAUCAAACUGUCCUCUGAAGAACGAGGCUCAAUGAUCUGCUCAGCAAGAGGAAGAGAAAAUUACCUCAUUCUGUACCAUCAGGGACGUAUCGCCGAAUCACCGCAGGUCUACCUGCACAGACUAGACUCUGUUUGAAGUGUCCAGUAACAUCUGAUGUUGGACAGUCGGUCAGCUAUAAAAGAUUUAAAAAAGAUGACAAAUUAAUGUCAAAUAGCAAACUGGGACACAAAUGUCUGCCAAGACAUACAAAACAACCACUGAACCUGUGAAACAACCACAAAACAGCCACUCCAACAAUGAAAAAACCCAAGACAGCUGCAAAGUUUGUAGAUAUUCUCCACGACUGACUGUUCAGGAUUUGUUUUUUUAAAGAACAUCUCUCGAUAAGAUGUUACAUCAGGAAUUUGCCUUUUCUGUCAACUCCCCUGAAACAGCUGCUGUCUUUAUACUCUGGUACUUUUGAUGUGAGACAUGCUGUAACUCAAACGCUGACAGCAUCAGGCCGACACAGAAGUGCAGGAAAACAUGUUUACAGGAGUAAGAUUGACAUCUGUUGGAACAAAAGCAGACAAUAAAAAAAGCAGAAUAUCUCUCGAGCUCACAGUUUGUGUCACUGAGGAUGUAAUGAAGAUGAAAUUAAA